AUGCAACGAGCACCAUAUUAUCGGCUUAUGUUACAGAGAAUGAAAACAGCUCCUGUCUGUUCAGUCAGACAUAGAUCUAGAUUUCAAAGAAAGUCGCCAUCAGAAGAAUACCACAUACUCUCGAAAAGUCGUUUGGGUUUAAUCUUUCGAGUGCUUUGUAAAUAUUCAUUUACUAUGAAAAAAUUAUUCAAUAUUCUACAUUUACCAUAA